CACUUGUGGGUAUGAACAAUCAAUCUUAAGUUAUAACAAAUAUGGCACUUACAACAUUCUCCUCGCUCUCUCCCUCUUUGGUCUCAACUAGUACUAGGUAUCAAAGAUUAAUCCAUCUUCCAAAAGUUCUGCUUCAAAGAACAGUAGGAAAACAACCCUCCUUCCUUUAUGUAUCAAUAAACUCAUCACCGUCAUCGAAGGUUAUCAGUAAUCCUCCGGCAGUGCAACGGCGAUUCGCUCAAUACCAUCCGACCAUUUGGGAUUCCAAACUCAUCGACACAUUCACCACUCAUUACACGUAUGAAUUGCAUGGGACGCGAUUGGAUCGUCUAAAGCAGAACGUUACUGAAACGUUGCUGGCAGCAUCAACUAGUAGUACUCAAGGCACUACUAGCACUUUAUCGAUGUUAAAGCUUAUCGACUCAAUGCAGCGAUUGGGAGUGGCCUAUCAUUUCGAAAAAGAAAUCGAAGCAGUUUUAACUAGCCUUGGUUCUUCCAGUACUGCCAGUACAUCAAGUGAUCUUCACACCGUUGCCUUGCAGUUUCGGAUAUUACGAGAACAUGGUAUCCCUAUUAGCCCAGAUGUGUUUAACAAGUUUAAAGCCGGAAACGGAAGAUUUGAGGAUAGCUUAAGCAAGGACAUUGAAGGACUUUUGAGCUUGUAUGAAGCCUCACACCUUGGUAUGCUUGGGGAAGAGCAUGUUUUGGAGGAAGCCAAGAGUUUUAGUGCCAAAAGGUUGAGACAAUUAUUGGGAACAUUGGAGGGUGAAGAUGGUUUAUUGAAGCAACUAGUUCAGCAAUCAAUGGAAACCCCCUUACAUUGGAGGAUGCCGAGGAUAGAAGCUCGAAGUUAUAUUGAUUUAUACCAAAAGGACGAUUCUAGGAACAUCGAUUUGCUUGAAUUAGCCAAAUUGGAUUAUAAUCUUGUCCAAUCAGUAUAUCAGAGGGAGAUAAAGGAGCUAUCAAGGUGGUGGACGGAUUUGGAUUUUGAACAUAAGGCAAAUUUUUCGAGAGACAGAUUGAUGGAGAACUAUUUGUGGGCAAUGGGAAUCAAUUAUGAGCCCCAAUUCUCGAAUUGCAGGAUUGGCCUCACCAAAUUCGUUUGCAUAUUAACAGUAAUUGAUGACAUGUACGAUGUUUAUGGAUUUUUGGAUGAACUUGAGCUGUUUACAGAUGCAGUACAUAGGUGGAAUAUGGAGGACACGGAGGAGCUUCCCGAGUACAUGAAGCCAAUUUAUACAGCCUUGCUCAACUUUGGGAAUGAAGUAAAUGAUAACGUAUUUAAAAACAACGGUUUAAGCGUCCUCCCCUAUAUUAAGAAAGAGUGGGUAAAUCUUUGUAAUUCAUAUCUGGUAGAGGCACGAUGGUUUUACUGUGGAUACACACCAACCCUAGAAGAGUACUUAAAGAAUGCAUGGACUUCAGUGGGUGGUCCUGAGGCAAUUCUCCAUGCUUAUUUGUUGUUGCAAGGACGCAACAUAACAAAAAGCUCACUUGACUCCUUUAAGCAUGGCUCUCAAAUAAUAUAUUGGUCAUCUCUAAUGACUCGGCUUAGUGAUGAUUUGGCCACUUCCAAGGCUGAGGGUGAGAGAGGUGAUGUGGCAAAAUCUGUUGAGUGCUGCAUGAAAGAAAGAGGCGUAUCUGAAGAAGAAGCGCAGGACUACAUAAACGAAUUGAUCUGCUAUUCGUGGACGAAGAUUAAUGAGGAGAGUUCAAAAACUGCCAUACCAAAAUCAAUUGUAAAACUGUCACUGAAUAUGGCUCGGACUGCUCACUCUAUUUUCCAACAUGGAGACGGUAUUGGAACUUCAAUUGGGGUCACCAAAGAUCGUUUAAUCUCUUUAAUUUCUAAUCCUAUCCCUAUCAACACUCACAAUUAAGUGACAAAGAUUAAAUGAUGCAAUGUAAAUAAUUAUUUGGUAAGUUCACGUGUUUUGUGUAUUGAUGUUGAGCUAAUCUUAUGGUUCUAAGUUCUCACUACCAUUCUGUGUAGUGAUAUCAGA